CUUGUUAAUAAUAAAAAUACUGUAAAGUCAAUAAAGAAUAGUAUUAUGGCACGAAAGACUAAUUUGCCUUUAUGCUCUCAAAUAAUAGUAGAUUCAGCGACCGGUUAUCCGGGAAAUACAACGAGAGAACAAGAUCUAAAGGUGGAGGAAUUGCGUAAAGAACUUGAGGAAGAGGGAUUCUCUGAGCGUUUGGAUACGCCAUCUAUGUUGCGGUUUCUUAGAGCUCGUAAAUUUGAUGUUUCCCAGGCAAAGAUUAUGUUUGUGGAAUGUGAGCAAUGGAGAAAGGAUUUUGGGGUAGAUGAAAUUAUGAAGACGUUUUGUUACAAUGAAAAGGCAGAUAUUUUUAAAUAUUAUCCUCAGUAUUAUCAUAAAGAAGAUAAGUAUGGUCAGCCGGUUUAUAUAGAACAUCUUGGAAAAAUAAAUCUCAGUGAAAUGUAUAAAAUUACUACGGAAGAGAGGAUGUUGCAAAAUCUCGUUUUUGAAUAUGAGAAAUUUAUUAAUUAUAGAUUGCCUGCAUGUUCUAGAAAAAAUGGAAGACUUAUUGAAACAUCUUGUACAAUUAUGGAUCUUAAAGGUGUUGGAAUUUCUAGCAUUAGUUCAGUAUAUAGUUAUGUUAAAAAGGCAACAUUUAUUGGUCAGGCAAGAUAUCCAGAAAGAAUGGGUAAAUUCUUUAUGAUUAAUGCUCCUUGGGGAUUUUCAUCUGCAUUCAAAGUAAUAAGACUUCUUUUGGAUGCUUCAACUGUGAACAAAAUAUAUAUUCUUGGGGCAGAUUAUAAAUCAGUUUUAUUGGAACAAAUUCCAGAAGAAAAUCUUCCAAAAGUACUUGGAGGUACCUGCGAAUGUGAUGGUGGAUGUGAGUUUUCUGAUGCAGGUCCAUGGAACGAUCCUAAAUGGAUGCAACCUUCUAACGAAAUUGAUUUUCAGAAGGUUAAUAAUAAUGAAAUAAAUAAAGAAAUUUUUUGGCAGUCGUGACAAGGAUUUAUUGCUUUUUUUGUCGAGUUGCAUUGUUAAUUAAAAAU